AUGCCUGUCGACUUUUUCGCAAAUGUAAUAUGGGGAAAGGUUACCUGGCUUCCUAGUCUUUGGACUGUGAUCAAGAUAGUCCCGAUUGUUUUUGUACUUGUGGUGGUAAAACUUUUCUCUGCGGGAGUGAAAAAUACAUCGGAGAGGAAGAUGCAUGGGAAAGUGGUUCUGGUGACAGGAGGGACGUCUGGGAUAGGAGCUGCAGCAGUUCUAGAUUUAGCAACAAGAGGAGCGCAGAUAGUCCUUCUCACACGCCAAUCUCCCUCUGAUAUGUUCCUUGUCGACUACAUCGAAGAUCUACGAGAGAGGACCGGGAACGAAUUGAUUUACGCCGAACAAGUCGACCUUUCAUCUUUAUAUAGCAUUCGAAAAUUCGCUACAAAAUGGAUCAAUAAUUCACCACCACGACGACUGGAUAUGAUCGUACUAUGUGCUGCUACACUCACUCCCCCUGGCAAGCCUCGUGUCACAACAAAAGAGGGUAUUGAAGAGACCUGGAUGGUUAAUUACUUGGCAAAUUUCCACCUUUUGAGCAUUCUCAGUCCUGCGAUUCGCGCGCAACCACCAGACCGAGAUGUGCGAAUUAUAUUUACAACCUGUUCAUCUUAUAUCAAGAGUCCCACUGUUGGAGAUGGCAGUGAAGUGAUGAAGAAAAAAGAUUGGAACCCCUCCGCGGCAUAUGCCCGGAGUAAGAUGGCAUCAAUGAUCUUUGGACAAGCUUUCCAGAAGCACCUCGAGUCGUAUAAACGACCCGACGAAUCGAUCAUGAAUGCACGAGUGAUAUUUGUAGAUCCGGGAUAUUGUCGUACACCAGGGUUUAGGAGAUGGUUCUCGCGGGGUACAUUGUGGGGUUUGGCAUUAUACGUUAUGCUAUGGCAAACUGUUUGGCUGCUAUUGAAAAGCUCCCAGGGAGGUGCGCAGGGUAUCUCCUAUGCCGCCAUGGAAGCAGCAUUGGGAAGAGGACCUGGUGGAAAGCUUAUUAAAGAGUGCAGUGAAAUAGAUUUCGCUACCUCUGAUAUCAAAGAUGACAAGAUCGCAAAGAAGCUAUGGGAAGGUAGCGAGAAGUUGGUCGAGAGAGUCGAGAGGGAAGAAGCUGUCAAAAGAGCUUUGGAAAAGAAAGAAGAGGCGGUUGAUAAGGCAAAUGGUGCAAGUGAGAAACCGUCCGACAGCUCUGAGAGUACCGGAAAAGCACCUGAGAAUCCAAAAGCAAAAUCUCGAAAGCAACGUAAAGCGAAGUGA